GCAGGACAAAUAAGCAAAUAUCGGGACAGUCCCAAUAAAAUCAGGACGUCUGGUCACCCUAGCUCUGGGGGACCCCGUUAGGUGCUGACUUGACUCUGACACACACAGCUGGCCAGGAUGAAGGUGAAGAUAAAGAGCUGGAAUGGGGUAGCCUCUUGGCUCUGGGUGGCCAAUGAUGAGAACUGUGGCAUCUGCCGGAUGGCCUUUAAUGGCUGUUGCCCAGACUGUAAGGUGCCUGGAGAUGACUGCCCCCUGGUGUGGGGGCAGUGCUCCCACUGCUUCCACAUGCACUGCAUUCUCAAGUGGCUGAAUUCACAGCAAGUCCAGCAGCACUGUCCUAUGUGCCGGCAAGAGUGGAAAUUCAAGGAGUGACAGAGCCCCCCGCAACCAGCAGAUCUACUUGGAUUUAAUGGGCUGUUGUUAUAGUGUUUUGUUGGGAUUCAGCCCCUCUCUCCACACCCUGGAACAGCGAAUUAUUUAUACAGCAUCAUAUGUAUCCCCAGCCCUUAUAGAGAACUUUAGCAGAUAAUUCUUGCCCCCAAAUAAUUGACUCAUUAUAGGCAAAAAGGAAGCCUGGGGCAGAUGGAGCAGUGGAGACAUGACUGGAAGCAUCUGCAUGUUAACCUUUCCCACCAUGAUGCUGGUUCCACAUGCUGUCAAAGUUUUCAGCAUUAUUAAUUGCUUCAUCCUGGGCACAGUCAGUAUUUCAACUUUCUCUGUGCCCUUAAGGUCUACACAGCACAUGUGGGCCUCAGUAAAAGGCCAGGGGUUGGCCUGGGUACAUCUCAUGUUGGCCCUUUUAUGAUAAUGGCUCCUUUUGCCAUGCAGACAUGGGUCUUCUUUAAAACACCCUGGACCUGAUUUUUUUUAAGAGGUGCUUAUCCUUCGCAACUCCACCCAGAGUCAGCAGGAGCUCAGAACCUUUGAAAAGCUGGCUUCUUGUGACAGCUCUUUCUUAACUAAAAGGGACCUUCCUGUUUAAAUAAAACCUCUCCCAGCUCUUGCAUCAUGGGAACCUUCCCAUCCUUCUUCUCUGAAGAGACCUCUCAGGCCUGUCCUGACCCUGCCUCCCUCCAUUCUCUGAGAAAUCACCACUAUCCAGUUAUGUGGGUAUUCUGUACCUUACUGGUGAGAGAUGGUCACGUCAUCUCAAAUCUUUCUUUAGUUGAAAUGGGAUUCUUAGGGCCAUAUGCAGCUCUCCAUCCAGGCUCACCGCUCCUAAUGCCUUUGGUAAUCAUUUCCCCCAUGCACCACAGGCAGGCUGGGCCCUGAACUGAUACCUUCAAAUACAGCAGUAGAGAAAUGAAGGCUGUUGUGUGGCCAAUAGGAUAAGGGGCCUGCCUCCCUCCACAACCAGAGGUAUACCCACAGGUCAGGUGUGCUGUUCAGCACCAGAAUCAUGUACAUUCUUUGAACCCAAGUUGCUUUGGGACUAGACCCCUUGCCAACCAUAUGAGUCAGUUUCCAGCUGUAAUGUGGCAAUCCCUGGACUGGUUUCAAUAAACUCAUGCCUGUGAUUAA